AUGGUACGCCGCCCAGGUGGGUUGGUCGUGCUCUCCGCCCUGGUCGCCACCGUGGCAUCCACGCCCGCGGGCAAGCCGCUGACUCCGGCGCCUGCCCCGACGGCCAGUCCGAUCCGCAGCCCGAUGCCCAGCCAGAUGCCCAGCCUGAGGACAGGCCCGGCGCCCACGUUCCCGACGCCUGCUUCCGAUGCGGCCUGCAUGUGGGCGAGUAUCAUCGGCGAGUGUUCGCUUCACGGUCUCUGCGUGCAGAGCCCAAACUACCCACAGAGCUACGGCGUGGAUCAGACGUGCACCUUGGAGAUCAGUACGGCUUUCUCGGCGCCCCUCGCGGUGGAUUUUUUCGGCACCGAGGCGUACUUCGAUACGCUCUCUGUCAACGGAGUGCAGCACUCUGGAGCUAGGGGUCCCAGUGGAAUGAUUCCGACAACGAGUAUCUCGUGGGUGUCAGACCACAGUGUGCCUGGCAGUGGUUGGAGGUUGUGCCAGGCUUCGAGUCAGGUUCAGCCGCGGACCUCGGCUUUCACGACGAGCGAUGGCCAGUUCCAGCUAGUCUUAGCCACUGAGCAGGUCUCGUGCUGCCAGAAUUCUCCAACCAGUAGUGUAUCGUCGACCCAAUCGGGCGCGGUCCUGUUGUGGCCAUGUGUUUACUCUGCAGCGCAAGGUAGUUGGGCUGAUAAUUGCGGCGGGGGACACACUCGAACAUUUCAGGAAUGGAUUGAUGGCUGCUUUGAAAGCACAAUGACUGAUAGGAUUUGCAUCGAUUCGCAGACUUACGUGUAUGUUCAAGUCGCGCCAACCCCGUCCCCUGUGACCCAGGAGUACAGUAUGUGGGCAGCUGUCACCGGCUAUUGCACGUUGGAUGGUUCUUGCGUGGAGAGCCAUAAUUUCCCUCAGAAUUAUGGCAAUAGUCAGGGGUGCAUUUUGGAGAUCAGUGCGGAGUUUUCAGCGCCUAUCAUAGUCGAGAGCUUCAACACGGAGGCGUCUUUCGAUUAUCUCACUGUCAAUGGACAGCUUUACUCUGGAAGUGCUGGACCCAGCGGUAUCACGCCGACAUCCAGCAUCAGCUGGACUUCUGAUCACACCAUAACACAGAGCGGCUGGAGAUUGUGCGCCGCCCCACCGACGCCUGCUCCUCCACCGACGCCAGCUCCAACACCUUUUCCGUGGUCUUGCACUUCGAUUCGUGCAAGCACUUUCGUUUACGAGUACCAGUCGUAUCAUAGUAUAGAUGAUGAUUCCAUAGUGUUGACAACCGAUCAACAAUCAUCCCAUGGGCGGGUCUCUUCGACUCUCGCACUGUCGGGUGCUUUUUUGAUUCAGUUCGAUAUGUACCAGGGUGGUGGAACAGGUGCUGACGGGUGCUGUGUGAAGUACGGUGGUUAUGACGAUGACAGGUGGGAGGAAGGGUCUGAGGAUGGCCUGUCUGUUUGUUUUGAUUCCUUCGGGCCGGAUCAUGGCGUGGGCAUUUCGUGGAAUGGAGAUAUUGUAUUUGAAGAGGUGGGCGAACAAUAUUGGGAUGAGCAGGUUCCCCUCUUCGAGGAUUCCGCUUGGCACAGCGUCAUUGUAAAAGUCACGCCGAGGGGAGGUGGUGCGGUGGUCGCGCUGAACUUAGAUGAGAGUUACUACUACAAGACCGCCUGGAUUAGUAACUAUUCGAUGCCCAUUGGUAGUGGCCAGUUGAGCUUCACUGCAAGAACAGGUGGUCUUACGAAUUACCACAUAGUCAAAGAUGUCCAGGCGUGCGGCUGGUGGGAUUCCAACGACCUCGACUUCUGCGACGACUGGGACCAGGACUACCGAGAGCGAAAUUCCUACCACGACUGGGACUGCAACCGCUGA